UUCACGUGUUGUAAACUGACCCGUGUUUUUUUCCUUUUUGAUAAAUAAUUGAACUAUAAAAUGUGUCUUUUUUUUUUUUAAUAUAAACCCACUGACGUCACACAUCAAGCUAAUUACAUUACGUCACUGUUAUUAGCCAGUGGACGCCACUAACGGGGUUGAGCUAACGUGACGUAUGUGGCUAAGUAUGCUAACCGGACUGUAACGCUUGUUUUCUUUGAGGAGGACAUCUGCGGAGGGCGGAGACAUGAGCGCGCCGCGGUUGAUCGGGGUCGCGGUGGGAGUCACGGCCGGCUGCGGCUUGAUCGCCCUCAUAAUCUACCGGGAGAUCAGCCGGAGGAGAGCCCGGGCACUGCUGCUGGAGGCCCGGCCGCAGGAGGAGAUGCCGCUGCGGGCGGAGACGGUGGAUGCUCCGGAGGUGGAGGCCCAGCAGCAGGCCCUGGCAGCGGUGGAGGCGGUGGUGCAGGGCCUGUCCCCGGAGCAGCAGCUGGAGCUAAGGAACCAGCUGGACCAGGUGCUGAACUGCGUGUCCUCGCUGCGCUCAGAGGUGGCCGAGCUGAGGGGCGGCCUGCAGGACAUCGCCGUGCAGAUAAUCCAGGACGUCAAAAAGGGAGUGGAGGACAGUCAGCGGGUACGUCGGCGGCGCCAUGUCACCCAUAGGGAGCGCACUGACUCCACCGGCUCCAGCUCCAUCUACUUCACUGCCAGCCAGGGCAUGACCAGCACCUAUGAGACCAGCGAAGGAGGGUACUCGACGGCCUACGCGGAGUCCGACUACACCGAUCGCGACACGGACAAAGAGGAGGGCGAGGAGGGCGAGGAGGGCGAGGCGGAGCCCGAACAGGAGUCUGAGGAAGACGAGGACAAGAGCUGUGCCACCGUCCUCACCAUCCGCCAGGAAGACUCCCAGGAAGAUGAGGCGGAGGAGAGAGGCCUGCUGCUGCUGGAGGAGGACGAGGAGGAGGAGGAUGAGGAGGAAGACGACGGGAGGCUGCAGCAGCUGGUGACUGAGGUUCCCAGCGGGGAGCUGGCUCUCCUGCUGGCUCAGAGCGACAUCCUCCACACCGGAGACGCCAAGCUAAAGGCAGAGGGGUUCCGCCUGCUGCUGGACAACAGAGCAGCGUAUGGAGACAGCAGGGAGUUCCUAUGGCGACUGGCCCGGGCUUACAGUGAUAUGUAUGAGUGCACCGAGGACAAACAAGAGAAGAAGACCUACGCACAACAAGGUCGGGAUGAGGCAGAGUUGGCCCUGAAGAAGAACGGCCUGAACGCAGAGUGUCACAAAUGGUUUGCUGUGCUGACAGGAAUGACCUCCAAGCAUGAGAGCAUGCACAGCAAACUGAAGAGCAGCAACAUAUUAAAGGAGCAUCUGGACCGAGCGAUCGCCCUCAGAGACGACGACCCCAUGUGUUUCUACCUGCUCGGCAGGUGGUGCUACGAGGUAGCAAAUCUGGACUGGUUGGAGAAGAAGGCGGCGGCUGCCCUCUACCAGAGCCCCCCCUCCUCCACACUGCAUGACGCUCUGGAGAACUUCCUCAAGGCAGAAGAACUCAGUCCAGCUUUCUCCAAGACAGUGAGACUUUACAUCGCAAAGUGUCACAAGGAGCUGGGAAACAUCUCUGAGGCCACAAACUGGGUUGAACUGGCUCUGAAGACGCCCACAAACUCUAAAGACGAUGAAACGUCUAAUCUGGAGGCUCAGCUCAGAGUCUUAACUGAAAGAAAAAUCUAAAGAAAAAAAAAAAUCUGAGAACCAGCAGAUGGAUCUGAUUGGCUAGUCAGGCCGCCAAUCGGUCAUCCAAUCAGAUCUCAUUUUCUUUCCCUUCGUUGGUUGAAACCUUGGUCAAACUGUCACUGUGAAUUAUGGAGUUUAUUGAUGUAUAUUUAUUUUCUUUAAUAAUUGAGUCAAAAUCGCUAAAAGUAAUAUAUCGUAAUGUUUAUGGAAUCUUUAAUGUUUUCUAUUUGUUUGCCUUUUUAACGGAUACUAGGUUUUGUUUUUUUAUCACCAUAUUCUUAAUUUGACAGAUACACUUAAAGGAUCAGUUCACCAAAUUACAUAAACAUAUCUUGUCACUGCUUUUUAGUGAUAUUCAUCCUAUCAUGCAGAUGGUUACAUUUGUCAGGAAACCAAUUUCAGAGACAGAUAUCUCAAAACCUGCACAAAUACAACUUAUUUUUGACAGCAAAUUUGACUGAUAAAUGUGAUGAAAGUAAUCUGGAGACUGCGUCCAGUUUGAUCAGGGAUGUUCUGAGAGCUUUACGGGAAAGAGGGAAUCACUUAGAAAUAAAUAUAAUUCACUUUUGCAUUCAUUGAUUUAAAUUUAUUUGUGUUAAACACUCUUUAUUCUAAUAUUGUUCUGCUGGGUCCAUCCCAAAUCCUCUUUGACUGACAUAUUUUGUGGAGAUAAAUGACACUUGGUAAAUAUAGAUGUAGUAACACUGUGGUAUUUUGAUCUGAAUAUAUAUAUAUCUAUAUUUCUUUUUCUGUUAAUCUCCAUUUUACAUCACUUAAUAGAUCAUGUGAUAUAAAGAAACUGCCCUGGAACACAUUCUUUGGUUUGGUUGUGACUGAAAAGUGUCCUAAUAUUUUUGUACUUUUUUUUUUCUGGAGUGUAUUUGCUGCCUUUUGAGCUUUGAGUGCUUUUGACAUUCCUGUUAUUUUCUGAAAUGAAAGUUGCACUGAAGGUUUUUAGUUUGAUUUAAAAUCACUUUGUGUUUUUUUUCUUAUUUAUUCUUGUUCAGGUUAGUUUUGCAGUGGCUGCUUUGAAAUAACCGUUCUGAUCCUGCAAUGAAAAGUUAAUAUGCACUUAAGUGACACAUGAUAACGUUGAAUA